AUGGCUGCUACAGAAAACGGCAUCAAGACAGCCAUGGCCACCCCCGCUAGAAAGUUCUCGAUACGCACCGCGACACCCGCCGACGUGCCCCGCCUCGCAUCCAUCGGCGCCGCCGCACUUAUCGACGAUGCCUUCUACAACGUGCUAUACCCGCGCCGCCGCGAGUUCUACGACGACUACCUCCACUCCUGGGAGCUCAAGCUCCAGAAGGGAAUCCUCUCCGACAUUGUCUACCUCGCCGUCGAAACCGACAUAACCGACGAGUCCACAGGGCGAUCCAAGAAGGAAAUCGUAGGCUGGGCCGCCUGGGAGCGCAUGGGGACCUCUGCGGAAGCCGAGAGGAUCCGGGCUGAGGGGCAAGGAGUACUGAAACGACUGGAGCAUAGACUGUUGACACUCACGAACACCUACGUCUCCCCGCUCAUUCGUUUUGUUCUGCGUACACCCGAUGAUCGCUCCGCCGACGCCGCGGCACUAGCGAAGCUCGAGGCUAGUCAUCCAGCGUUUCUGGCGGAGAUGUUUUCAGGGAUAUACACCGAGCACUGGCAUGUUCUCAUGCUUGCCGUUGACCCGAAGUGGCAGCGGAACGGGAUCGGGCAGAUGCUUGUACGCUGGGGUCUCGAGAGGGCGCAGAAGGAGGGCGUGUGUGUGGGGUUGGAGGCGAGCGAUCCGGGGGCUCCGAUGUACUUGAAGCUAGGGUUUGAGGAGAUUGGGAGGUUCCACACGCCGAAGGAGGGGCUACAUUUUCCUGCCUUGGGGUGGAGGCCGAGAGGGACGGAGGGGAAUGAUGCGGUGGUGGGUUAG